GAACCUUUGCGCUUACCGUCGCCGCCAGAAAGUCACAUUGUUUUCCUCAUUUCCAGAAAGGCUAACAAUAGAAGCAGUUUCAUUUGAAUACACACUGAAUUCAUUUGUAUCCCCUACACAACUGAAAGCUACAUUUGAGCUUUGUUUUAACAUGGCGCCGUCUAUAGCCAGUUAGGCUUAACGUUACGUUCCUUACGUUGUGGAAGCAGUAAAGAGGUAGCUAGUGGGAAACCUAGUAACUAACGUUAGCGUUUUCAUUUCACUAUUAUUAGUGUGAAGCUUUUCCUCCAAAUGAUGAACUACUCUGACUACGACUCUGACGGAUAUUCGUCGAAUGAAGACGCGGACUACGUCCCGUCAGAUGAUAACCUCAGUGAGGAUGACAUCAAUGAGUGUGAGAAGGAAGACCCUCUGCACGGGGAUGAAGAUGUGCCACAUCCUGGCAAUGUCUGCAAGAAGAAGAGAAAGAAGUUGGACAUCGGUGUGAGAAAGAGGAAGAAAGGAGUCCUGAAAGUGGAACAGGAAGAGAAGUGUGGAGGUGGAGUGGAAGAGGCACAGCUGCUGCAGGAAGUGGUGGAAGAAUCCCCCAAGGUAGAGAGGGAGGAUGAUGCAAAACAGAAGAAAAAAUCAGAUGACCUCUGGGCGAGUUUCCUGUCCGAUGUUGGAUCCAGACCUAAGGACUGCCCACCUGCCUCACAGUCCGGUAACACGCAACGGGUAUGUGGAGCGGAAGAACUUCUUGGAGCGAGUCGACCACCGUCGGUUUGAGUUAGAAAAAGCAGUACGACUGAGCAACAUGAAACAAUGACAGACUGACAGUGCACACACACACACAGAGUGGAACAUAUCUUCAGACUUCCUGUAUCUUGCUUUCUGUCUUUCUAAUGACAGAGUUGCUCUUUCCCCAGUACAGUGAGCUCCUACUGGUGCUGUGGCUCGGCUCUAUUUCAGGAAGGGGAUAUUAAUAGGCUGAGUUUGUGGAAUGGCGGGGUGUUGAGUUUUCUUAUAGAGAACCAAUUAGUUCCAAACCUUCACACUGAGGACAUUUUUGGGAACUGAGGUCUUUCCUGCCUGUCCUGCUCCCGAAAGAGACUUAGUUUACUUUUGUCCAUUAUUUCUAUCCGUAGUUAUCAUCGCACUCACCAAGUUAAUUGCUGAGAUCAAGGAACACGGUGACGUCAGUAAAGAGAAAACUCUAAGAUGAUCUACUGCGAAAAUAAAAGCUAAGUUUGAAAUAAAUCAGGACUGGUUAGGGUUAGGCUACAUGUUGAGGUUAGGUGUGGCAGUGGGAAGAGCAACUGGCUAGGGAAGGAUUUGUUUCACUGGUCAUUUUCCUUUGAAAGUUCACCUGAUGUAUAUCUGGACCUUGCCUGGAUCACAUCAAACAUGCUAAUGCCCGCCUUUUUGUUGAGCUAGCCUCGGUCAGAACCUUGGUGGUUUCUCCUUCUCUGUACUUACUUACAACUUAUAGCUAAUGUUAGCAAAUCUCUAGCUAAUUAGCCAGUGUACAUCAUUGCCUUUAAAACCAUCUUCAUAAUGUGCAACACAGAUUAGCCUAGCACAUCUCAGCAUAUAUAUAUAUAUGUAGUACAGGAAAGGAGGAAGUUGACCAAGGCUCCAAAAGGGGUGGGGGUAAGAAAGGGCAAAUUCCCAGUUGUAAUUUUCUAUAUUGUUGUGUAAAAAAAACUUGUAAAGACGUUAAAAUAAAAAAAUCUAGACAUAGGGACUUUAGUUAGUGGAUAAAGAGUAGAUGUUGUGAGAGGAGACUCGUCAUAAACAAAUGUUUGGUUGGAUUCAUGCCAUUGUGGGUAGAUUUUUCAUUUUAUUACAUAUUUGAUAUAAUGCCUUUAAAAUAAAAAUAAAACCAUUAUGGGACACUGAAACACCCUGCUGGCCACUUCAAUUCUGAUUAAAUGUUGUGGACAUUGUAAUGAUCAAUACCACAGUAAAAGUGGAAUCAAUCAAGCUGCAUUUUAUCCAUCAUAUCAGAGGAGGACCACACUGACUGGAGCAGAUCUGAAGGGGAUGCCAGCCUGUCCCUCAGGCGUUCUUCUGUCCUGGUUAGAAACAAAUGGGGGAGAGAGUGGGGAGAGGAGAACUGCAAAAUGAGAGAAUGAGAAGGGACAUUUCAUGUCUUGUUAGUUCGACUGUAGAGUCAUUGAUACAGUUCUGUUUAUUCAUGUAAAUAUUUAAUAUCCAAUAAACACAAGCUAACCAUUUUAA